AUGGGCUCGCUGCCUCGCUCACUUAACCGCCCCAUUAGUCCUCCGAGAAGGAAGACUCAUCGCCCGGAGGCCAUUGCCCCGCCUGAGAUGCCCACGACCGUGACGACGGCUGCAGAGCUCUCAUCAGGCAAAGAAGACAGCCAAUUCUUCAAGUCACCGUUCCAGCUCACCUGGAUCCGCGACCUCCCGAAUGCUGCAAACGUGGAUGCUGUGACCCUACGAGAUCUGUUGGGAGACCCACUCAUUGCAGAGGCUUGGGAGUUUAAUUAUCUAUACGAUAUUGACUUCCUGAUGGCCGCUUUUGACGAGGAUGUCAGGAAUCUGGUUCAAGUGCACCUUGUUCACGGCUUCUGGAAGAACGAAGACUCGAACCGGUUAAUGCUGGAGGAACAAGCUCGAGCGCACGAGAACGUCACGCUUCACUGCGCGUUCAUGCCAGAAAUGUUCGGGACGCAUCACUGCAAGAUGCUGAUUUUGCUUCGCCAUGAUGAUACAGCCCAGGUGAUCAUUCAUACGGCCAACAUGAUCGCGAGAGACUGGACGAAUAUGACACAGUCCGUUUGGCGAAGCCCCAUGCUGCCGCUGAGGAUGUCGCAUGCAACUAGCACUCCUGGGAAUACUUCUCCUGUGAUCGGCAGCGGGGAGAAGUUCAAGGUCGAUCUGCUAAACUACCUUGGCGCGUACAACCGGAGAAGACCCGUCUGUAGAGAUCUGGUAGAGAAGCUCGACAAGUACGACUUCUCCGCCAUCAGAGCCGCCCUCAUUGCCUCCGUCCCAGGCCGUCACAACAUCCAUGAUGCGACUGAAAAAACGAAAUGGGGCUGGGCGGCACUGAAGAGCGCUCUGCGGCAAGUGCACGUCCAAGAUGGAAAGUCUGAGAUCGUCGUUCAGAUCUCGAGCAUUGCUACCCUGGGCUCGACAGAUACCUGGCUCCGCCGCAGCUUAUUUGACUCAUUGAAGGCGUCCAAGAACAAAGUAAAGGAGGAGCCGUGCUUCAAAGUGGUGUUCCCAACCCCUGACGAGAUACGCCGGAGUCUGGAUGGCUACGAAUCCGGCGCGUCCAUCCACACCAAGAUUCAAUCUGCCCAGCAGGCCAAACAACUACUGUAUCUGAAGCCGAUGUUCCACCACUGGGCAAACGAUGCUGAGCGGGGACAAGCACUGAACCCCGGAGCUGAGGUCCAGGAAGCCGGCCGCAAACGAGCAGCACCUCACAUCAAGACUUACAUUCGUUAUGGCGAGAAGUCCAUCGACUGGGCUCUGACCACCUCAGCCAACCUCUCCAAGCAGGCUUGGGGCGAAGCUGUCAAUAGCUCUGGAGAAGUCCGGAUAGCGUCAUGGGAGAUUGGCGUUCUCGUAUGGCCGUCCCUUUUUGCCGACGAUGCAACUAUGGUUGGGACUUUCAACAAAGACACACCGGACCGAGACGAGGGAGACCUACCUCCGAUCGUUGGCUUGCGCAUCCCGUACAAUAUCCCUUUGCAGCCAUAUGGUAGGGAUGAAGUGCCAUGGGUCGCUACCGCAAAUCACACCGAGCCGGAUUGGAAGGGGCAGAAAUGGGUGGUAACAUGA